AUGUCUACCGUCGCUGAGCUCUGUCCAGUCUACGCUCCCUUCUUCGGAGCUAUGGGAUGUACUUCCGCCAUCGUAUUCACCUGUAUCGGUGCUGCCUACGGUACCGCCAAAUCAGGUGUAGGUAUCUCCGCCAUGGCCGUCCUCAGACCUGAUCUCAUGAUGAAAUGUGCCAUUCCCGUCGUUAUGGCUGGUAUCAUUGGUAUUUACGGUCUCGUCGUUUCAGUUUUGAUCUCUGGUAACCUCGCCUCUCCUAUGCCUUUGUACACCGGUUUCAUUCAACUCGGUGCUGGUCUCUCGGUCGGUCUCGCCGGUUUAGCCGCAGGUUUCGCCAUUGGUAUUGUAGGUGAUGCAGGUGUGAGAGGUACUGCUCAACAACCUAGAUUGUUCGUUGGUAUGAUUCUUAUCCUCAUUUUUGCCGAAGUGUUGGGUCUUUACGGUUUGAUUGUCGCUUUGAUCCUCAACACCAACUCUACUGUUGAUUACACCUGCUCAAUCUCUCAAUAA